CCGGGGAGCCCUUUCCUCCCCGGCUGGCCGGCUCUGCGGGCGCAGCGAGCGGGCCCCAGCCGCGGGCCGAUCGCACACAGGCGGCUCUUUGUUUCCCCGGAGUCUUUCCCUGCAGGAUGUCCUUGGGGCUGCUCCCCGAAUGGAGGUACUUCCGUAUCAUCGUCAUCCUGUUGGUGCUUUUCAUCCUUCUCUUGGGAAGCUUCCUCAACACCCAAGUCAGCUUGCUGGUCCCUCUCUUCAGUGGCCAGGAGUCCUUCCAUCCUGUGACCAACAUCAUGUUCCUCAAGACCCACAAGACGGCCAGCAGCACCGUCAUGAACAUCCUGUAUCGGUUCACGGAGAAGCGGAACCUCACGGUGGCUCUGCCUGCGGGGCAGCUUUUCCAUCUGGGCUAUCCCUGGCUCUUCCUGACCAAGUAUGUGGAGGGAUUCAAAGACCUGAAUGGGACCUUCAACAUCAUGUGCAAUCACCUGCGGUUUAACCCCACAGAGGUAGAAAAAGUCAUGCCCAAUAACACCUUCUACUUCUCCAUCCUGAGAAACCCCGUGGCCCAGCUGGAGUCGGCCUUCGUGUACUACAAGGGCUACGUGCCCGCCUUCCAGAAGACCAAGAGCCUGAACGAGUUCUUGGCGUCUCCGCUCAAGUACUACAACGAGACGCUGUCCAUCAAAAACAUCUACGCCAGAAACAACAUGUGGUUCGACUUCGGCUACGACAACAACCGGCGGGGCGAGGGCUACGUGCGCGACGCCAUCCGGGAGAUCCAGUGGCGCUUCCAGCUGAUCCUGAUCUCGGACUACUUCGACGAGUCCAUGGUGCUCCUGAGGAACACCCUGCGCUGGGAGCUGGACGACGUGGUCUACUUCAAGCUCAACUCGAGGAGCGAGAAGAGCAUCCAGAACCUGACCCGCGAGAACCGCGAGAGGGUCAAGGAGUGGUGCGCGCUGGACUGGGAGCUCUACCGGCACUUCAACCGCACCUUCUGGCAGAAGCUCCGGGCCGUCGUGGGGCUCAAGAGGCUGGCCAGGGAGGUGGCUCUGCUGAGGGAGAGGCAGCGGGAGCUCAUGGACGUCUGCAUCCAGGACGGGAGGCCGAAGAACAAGACCCAGAUCAAGGACGCCAACCUCAAGCCCUACCAGUCCGGGGAAGCCGACAUCCUGGGCUACAACCUCAAGCAGCAUCUGGACAACGAGACCCUGGCCAGGUGCCAGAGGAUGGUCAUGCCGGAGAUCCAGUACAUGGCCCACCUGUACUCGCAGCAGUUCCCCACGAACCCCCCCAAGAAGAUCAGACUUCAGUGAUGGGCUUAGGGGGGGGCCCGAGCACCCCGCGGAGGGUCAUCCAGCUCUGCUCUGGCCGGCAGGGAGAGGCUUCAAGAAAGUGGGGUAUGGGGGCCCUUGGUCUGGGCUCUCUGGGAGACCUGGACAGUUCUUAACUCAGGCUAGAGUUUUAUUUAAAAAAUGGAAUGUUGCCUUAAGAGAAUAGGGUUAUUUUCCUUUGAGGGGAUGGGGGGAGUGUGUGUGUGUGUGUGUGUGUGUGUGUGUGUGUGUAGGGGAUCCCAGUCACUGACCCCAUGGCCUUCUCCUCCCAGCAGAAUUUUGCAGGGGAGCGUUCAAGCCAAGAGUUCCAGGGAUAUUUCUAGAAUGGUUACAGGGAGUGAAGGCACAAUAUUGGAUCCCAAAGAGACGCGCCCUGUAGCUAACAUGGAAAUAUCAGGCGGAUCAGACCCAGUGAUGGGAAUUCAAGUCCCAUUGUUUUCCCCAUCCUGGAUUGAACUUGUGAACUUUAUUGGGGUAGCAGCAUCCCUGCAGCAAAAGUCCCUCUACCAAAGCAGAUCUGCCAUUGUUCUGAAAUUCAGUCUCUGAGAGCUGCCUCGGGCAGCGAGGAGUUAGGUGACUGAUCCAAGGUCCCGCAGCCACGAUGUCUCAGACACAGGACUUGCACCCAAGUUUUUUCUGAACUUUAGGUCAGCUUUCUAUGCACCCCAUCACACUGAAGAUGACUUAGAGGCUGGAAAAUACAGGUAGUAGGUAAUUUUUACCAUGUAAAACAUACAUCCAGUUGAAAAGGAUUUUUAGCUCCAGGGAUUUUAGUCGGUCAUUCAGUCAAUAAGAAUGUAUUUUUUUUGCCAAGAACUGUAGGGACAGAAAGAAGUGCAAAAACAUGGCCUUGGGUCUCAAGGAACUCACAUUCUAAUGGAUUUUAAUGUUACAAGAAGGAAUGUUUUAAUUUAAAGAAUAAAUGGUUAAACCAUGGACAUACUUGAACCUUGGUCUUCAUUUUACAAAUGCAGUUUAAAAUAAUGGCAAUAGACAGGAUGUUCUUUGCUUUGGGUCAUUCCAACCAAGUUUCCACCAAGCACCAUUUCUAUAUUUUUGUGAUAAAAUAAAUACUCA